AUGGACGAUGAUAUCAGUAUAGCAUGCUGUAGUAGUGAGGUACCAUCACUGAAAUUCAUCUCUACACGAUGUAUUGCUCUUGCACUAUUUCAGACUAAUGUUCAUUGGAGAAAGUUGGAUGAAGUGAUUCAAAUUAUUCAAAAUUGGCUUUGUAAAACAAAUUUGCCAGCAUUAAUUAAAAAACAGUUGCAAUCAGGAUUACAUGAUGUUUACCGUGAAAUUGAACGUUGGAGUAAAGCAUUAUUUGUCUAA